AUGGGCGGUGUUGUGCAGCGCCCUCGCAUCUAUCAGAAGACCAAGCCAACGAUGCAGGAGAUUACAACACUUGAAGACAACUAUGUCCGAUGCCUUGAGCUCCUCAUUGGGGACGACAAGUUCUCAGCGGGAGACUCCUUCAGCAUUGCAGACAUCGCCGUGACGGCGCACCUUCCGAUGGCGCUUGAGAGCUUCGUGGACCCUGCAAAGUUUCCGAAACUGGCAAGUUACUAUGAACGUGUCAAGCGCGAGCAGCUUUACUUCGAAGAAAUCUACAGGCCAGCUCUAAAUGUCAUCAAGGAGAUGAAGGCCAGCUUGAAAUAG